AGCCUAAGCCUAUUUUUCAUAAUAUUAUUUCAUCCACUUCUUACUCCUCUCCAUUACAAAAAAAAAAAAAAAAAAAUCCAAAUAUGGCUGGGAAACGGUUCAUUAACGGUUCCAAAUCCGACCAAGAUCUUCCGCCUGAGAUUCGGAACAAAAGACCUAAGUUUUCCCUAGCUUCUGUGGUGGAAGAAGUAGUACUGGUGAACUCCUUUCACAAUCUUUUCUCCUCUUUGGAGCCUCUGCUUAGAAGAGUGGUGAACGAAGAGGUCGAAGACGUUCUGAGAAGAACCACUCGCUCUUUCACUCGCUCACCAUCACUUCGAAUCCAAGCCUUGGAACCAUCAAGUCUACAACUGGUGUUCACCAAGAACCCAUUAGGAAAACUUUUCACCGGAAGUAAGAUACAAGACGUGGACGGAAACCCCCUCGAGAUUCAAGUGGUGGAUAAAAAUGGGGAUCAAAUGGUGCCUUUCUCACUCCCUCACCCGGCAAAAGUUGAGAUUAUUGUUCUUGAUGGGGACUUCCCUGCAAGAGAUGACUCCUGGACUAGGGAUCAAUUUGAUAAGAAUAUUGUCAAGGAGAGGGCCGGUAAAAGGCCUUUGCUUCAUGGAGACUUGACCGUCACCUUAAGAGACGGUAAGGCUACCAUUGGAGAGAUCGAGUUCACCGAUAAUUCCAGCUGGAUUCGUGGUCGGAAGUUCCGGAUAGGAGCCCGGAUCCUGACCGGUAAAAAUUCUCAGGGUUUGAGAGUUCGAGAGGCGUUGACUGAGCCUUUCGUUGUCAAAGAUCAUCGGGGAGAAUUAUACAAAAAGCACUACCCUCCAAAUUUGGAAGAUGAAGUGUGGAGGCUAGAGAAAAUCGGCAAAGAUGGAGCUUUUCACAGAAAGCUUGCUGCAGAAAAUAUUCAUACAGUACAAGACUUCUUGAAGUUAUCUGUUGUCGACACACAGAAGCUUAAAAAUAUUUUAGGCAUUGGGAUGUCAGAAAGAAUGUGGGAGAUGACUCUAAAGCAUGCCAAGACUUGUGUAAUGGGCAACAAAAUGUACAUUUACCGUGUAGAUCAUCACUCCACCAUAUUCCUUACUCCUAUUUGCCAACUCCUCAAGGCUGAGAUCAAUGGAGAAGUAUACGGCUCUAAGGAGUUGGACAAUAAUCUGGCCUACUUUAAAAGCUUGGUAAGGGAUGCAUAUGCCAAUUGGAAUUCUCUUGAAGUAGCGAUGGAAGGAGCUAUUGUGAAUGAGAUCACUCCUACUGUCCUAUUAACACAAGGUGAUAUUAGCGUGGGUGAGGCGCAAUACCACAACUCGGGUCAAGCUUUGGCGAUUAAACAGUUUGAGCAAAACGAACAUCAAAUUGAAGAUAAUAAAGCUAUGAUAAGUACGGGUUAUGUGAUUCCCAGCAAUGUACAAAUGGAUUGGAUGCAGGCCAAUACAGUAGUGCUACCAUAUAAUAACAACAACAAUGAUAUUUAUGGUAAUAUCAAUAAUACUACUGGUAUUGGGUCUACCAGUAUCAUCUCAGAUCCUUCCUCAGAUGCUGAUAUAUUAGCAUCUCGACGUUUUUGUUGAUAUAUAUAUAUAUAUUAAGAGAAAAAAAGUAAACAAGAAAUUAUUUCUCUGCCAUAACGAUUUAAGUUUUCAUAUACAUAGGUCAUUUCGAAAGUGAAACUGUAUUAGUUGUCGGAGUUUUAAAUAGGUUGUGAAUAAUAUCUACUCGCAGUUACAUGAAUAUUAGGUAGGGUUUGCUUUGAUGUAAUGAAAUGAAAUGGGAUUGACAAGGAAAUAAUUUUCAUUUUAUUUUUUUUUAUUUAAUUGUAUAUUAAAGUAUUAGAAUCUCAUUUCAAUGGAAUCAUUUUCCCACUA